UAUCAGCCCUACGUAUAUUUGAACAGUGACUGAGGCAAUUAACUGUACCAAACAUAGGGCACUCCUUUUAUUUCCUGCUCAUUUACGGUCAUUUUUUACUAAUGUAUUGGGUGUCUAGUUAAUAUGUUGUCUUGUGAAGUGUGGUAGUUUUUCCCACAAAAUGCGUGACGGGUGGGGGCUAGCUACAGAUGGGAAGGUUGUUUUCGGCAGUGAUGGUACCUCAACUUUGUACCAGAUAGAUCCAGAAUCUCAUCAGGUCAUGAGGAUGGUGCCUGUGAAAUAUCAAGAUAAUGACGUUAGGUAUCUUAAUGAACUUGAAUACAUAAACGGUGAAGUAUGGGCAAAUGCCUUCAAGACAGAUUGCAUCGCUAUAAUUUCCCCUGAUAGUGGCAUAGUGGUGGGCUGGGUUUUUCUUCAUGAGCUGAGGCAUCACUCACCGAAUUCAGGUAAUAUGGCUCAUGACGUUCUAAAUGGUAUAGCUUGGGAUGAAGACAACCACAGAUUGUUCGUGACCGGAAAAUUAUGGCCAACGCUAUAUGAGAUUAAGCUACGUCACAUUGAGGGGCCACCAGAUGGGUCUAUAGAGCAGCUAUGUCCAAGGAUCAUAAUUCCGGGUUCCGGGAAUUUUCCCUUGUUAUGAUUAUGCAACUUGUAUUACUAGGAGGCCAAAGCCAUCAUAUAUAUGUACAAGAGGAUGCCAAAAGGCUAGAAUACAAAAGGCCAAAGGCCAUCACCAAUAUAA